UUGCCAGGAACACCGGUGAACGAUGUGACCAGUCCUCAUGGAGCUGACUUUGCCUAUGCCGCUUGUUCGGAGUCGUCUACUAGAUUUGUCCAGCUAUCUGCCGAAGUUGCUGCACUUCGCGACAUCCUCGCUCAACAGGCCAGUCUCAGCCAGGCCACUGAUGCCGAGUUGCGCCGUCUGCGUUCACAACUGGCCGCAGUCUCACCAUCGACACCGGCGGUGUUAGCGCUACCACAGAAGCUGGGCACGCCAGAGCCGGAUCGCCGGAGGUCCCCUUUUGAAGUAGCAGUUCAGUGCUCUGAGGCCUCUUUACAGUGUCUCGACAGUUGCACGACUAAAGAGGUCGGUGUCUCCACGAGUCUCCUGCUACCAUCACCUUAA